UCAGGCACUGUCCGGCAUUGACUGGCCAUCCUUUCGACUCUAUUCUGUUUUCUUCAUUGUCUCCACAAUCCGCAGGCCUCCACACAGCUACCUGAUCAACUUGUCGGCUGGCUCUGACACUGAUCCAGGCAAAGGACCUCUGGAGAGCCCUUUUGAAGUCUUGUCAUCUCCCUGUGGUUCUAAGCACCAGUCUUGUGCCCCAAACCCUCAGGAGCCAUGCUGCUGUUGCUGACCUUGGCUCUCCUUGCUGGUGCCACCUGCAGAGCCCAGAAUAUACUGGGAAAUAAAGCCGGCAAAUAUUUCUACAUUGAUGAUGAAGGGAAGGGGGAAAUCAAGGCCAUCCGGAUCUUCUAUACAGUGGCCAGAGAACUCAAGGGCAUCCAGCUGAAGUUUCAAAAUAACUGGAGUGAUGUAUAUGGAGGCCAUUCAACAAGUUAUGAAGAUUUUCUUCUGAAGGAUGGCGAGCAUAUCAUAAAGGUGCAUGGAAAUGUGGGAAUGUGCCUGUCCUCUCUGACCUUCACUACCAAUAAGGGGACUCAGUUUUCCUUUGGUAUAAAAAAGGGCCGUCCAAUUGAAGAGAGUGGAGGUCCAGACCAGCGUCUCCAGACUGUCAGUGGCAUGCACUCAGUUGUCUGCCUAAGUGGGAUAGGCUUGAAAUGGACUAAUAACCCAGAGAAGCCUCAAAGAGAACCAAUACCUGACCCUGACAAUGACAAAGACUGGCAAGGUAAAACAGUUAAAGACAAAGGCAAACGAGAAAAACAGAGAUAUAAUGAUGAUGAUGAUGAUGAUUAGCAGAAGGAAGAUGAGUAAGAUUAGUAGUGAGCUCAGAUCUCAGUCCUGCAUCUCCAUGUUUUAUGACUUCCUCUCAGCCAAACUCACCCACCUGGAGGGACGAGUGUACCUGGUAACCCUGCGCUGGAGGGCGCAAAGACCCAAAGACCCUGUAUCUCUGUGUCCAAUAAACUCCGUGCAUCCAUAUGAGCCUGAGUAGUCCUUGUCACCAAAUGGGAUGGGGUUGAGGUCCCCCAGAGCCCCCUGUACCUCCCCACUUUUUGGACCUGCACCUGAGCACUGAGUCAGGGUUCACACAGAAAACCCUAGUUCAACUCAGCAGGCCUGAGGGCCCCAGAAUGAGGCCAGCAUCC